AUGGCUAUUCACAAAGUAGCAAUUGCCGGGGGCACCGGCAACCUCGGUCCCGCUAUUGUCAAUGCGGCCCUGGAUGCAGGCUUUGAGAUAACUCUCCUUAGCCGUUCAACAUCGCAUCAACUGGAUCCCCGAAUCAACGUUCAGGUCGUGGACUAUGAGUCGCUUGAUUCUCUCACUGCGGCUUUGACCGGCCAAGAUGCACUCGUUAAUGCGCUGGGGGUUGGUGUGGUUCCUCGCGAUAUCCACCUUCGCCUCGUUGAUGCUGCCCAUGCUGCGAAGGUCCAGAGAUACAUCCCAUCGGAAUUCGGCAGCGAUACUGCAAACCAAUUGACCGCACAGCUACCGGUAUUCGGGGAUAAGGUCGCCGUGGCUCAAAAACUGCAGGAGAUCGCAGGGCAGGACGAAGACUUUGGCUACACGGCCGUGAUAACCGGUCCCUUCUUCGACUGGGGGCUCAAGAACAAAUUCAUAAUCAAUUUGGAUGGCCCAACCGCUCAAAUUUACGAUGGGGGAGAUGUGCCUGUCAGUACGACUACUCUCGCGGGAAUAGGCCGUGCGGUCGCAGGGGUUCUGCGACAUCCCCGUGAAACCAAGAAUCGCUACGUCUAUAUCGCGGAAGCGGAGGUUACACAGAAUAAGCUGCUGGAGUGGUCAGGCAAAGCAGACCAGAUCGAGAAAGAGGCUUUCAAGUCCGAAGAUCUCGAGCAACAGGCAUAUGGGGCUCUGAAGCAGCCCAUCCCCGACCCUCGCACAUUUGCCCGCAACCUCAUUCUGCGGGCUAUCUACGGGAGUAAGUUUGGUGGUAAAUUUACCCAGGUGGAUAAUGAGCUGCUUGGGGUACGGACGCUGUCAGAGUCUGAAAUUGUGGAUAUCGUCAAACAAUACGCCUAG